GCCAGGCAAUGGGGCGGGUUCUGAGAGCUGGGUGUUGCAGGUGUCUCCUCCGCCUCUCUGGGUCCCCGGCCGCGCCAGGCACUGUGUGGGCAGCCGAGGGAGCGCCUUUGUGCCUGGCUGGGGUGAGGCUGCAACGGCCCCUUGUACGCCCUGGUCCAUUGUCUUUUCGGCUGGUGCCACAGGGGCGGCUGUAGUGCCAAGCCGGGUGGACACAGGCAUCCCCGGCGCACCGUGGGAGAUGAAGCUCCCGAAGCCUUGGUGGGCGGGCGGCGGCCUCCUGCAACUCACGAUUCUGUUGAGCUUGGUAGGGCUCCGUGUGGACCUGGACCUCUUCCUGCCGCCGCCGGCCGCCGCACUUUGGGAAGAGCUGCUCCCACUCUGCCCCACCCGCCCCGCCUCGGCUUCUAACCCCUUCUCGGCUUCGGAAGGCUGGGAACGCACCCCCCUGCUACCUGCCAAAGGCCGGCUGCUGCACGAAGUGCGCGCGCUCGGGGUCCCCUUCAUUCCCCGCACCCGCGUGGACGCGUGGCUAGUGCACAGCGUGGCGACUGGGAACGCAGACGGGGCCCACGGGCUGCUCGGCACCGCCGCCUCGUCGGCCGUGGGAGACGGCGGCCAGUCAGCAUCCGCGGGCGGCGGGGACCCCCGAGCGGCUCAUAGCAGCCCUCUGGCCGCUGAGGAAGAGGAGGAGAAGGCGGCCGAACCGACGGCGCAGGUGCCAGAUGCAGGCGGAUGCGGGAGCCAGGAGAACGGGAUGCUAAGAGAAAAGAGCGAAGCUGUGGAUCACAGUUCCCAGCAGGAGGAAAACGAGGAAGGGGUGUCAGCCCAGGCAAAAUCGCGACAGCAGAGUAAGACGGAGGAACACAAAAUGGCGUGUGCCUCUGCCAGGGAAGCCGAGAAGAUCACCGAGGCUAGGAACGAGAGCCAUCUACAUUGGUCAGAUACAUCUUUCUCUUUGGAAGAUUUAUUCCAACUACUUUCAUCACAGCCUGAACAUUCUCUGGAGGGCAUCUCAGUGGAAGACAUUCCACCUUUUCUGAGCAGUGUCUGUGAAAGUGUUAAUUCCUCAGCACAGAACAUAAAUUUGAGCCAAGCUAUAAGCCAUGAUGUCAAUCUUCAUGAAGCCAUGCUGUUGUACCCCAACAACACAUUUAGAAGAGAUCCAUCAGCAAGGUCUUCACAGGCACAAGAACCAUUUCUGCAGUUAAAUCCUCAUACAAAUCCUGAGCAAGCCACUCCUGCAAUGUCUCUUCCACCGUUUGACAAUCAAAUGAGGAACCUAACAAGCCAAGAUCUCCUGUAUGACCUGGAUUCAAAUAUAUUUGAUGGAAUAAACCUAAUGUCAUUGGCCACAGGUUUCAGUCCAUUGGAAGUUUCUCAACUUUUUGAAGAACCAGAUUCCGGGCUCUCAUUAAAUUCAAGUUACAACAGCACCUCUCUCACAAAUUCUUACCGUAUUUAUGAUGGGACUGUAGGUUACAAUAGCGACCUACAGUCUCUUUGUCAUGAUUUAGGUGCUGUAGGAGGCUGCUACCCAGAACCCCAUAAACAUUGUCAUAUGGACCAUAGGACUAUAGCUGGCUUUCAUGUGUCCCUUGAAUGUCAGCAAGUAUUUCAUGACCACACUUACCAUUUACAGUCAGGUGCAUCAGAGCCCACAUCUGAAUCUUUUGCAUGGUCUGAGAAGUCGCAGAAAACCAGUGGAUGCCUUGAUAACCCAGAUAGAAACUUGAGCCGUGAUGAACAGCGUGCUAAAGCUCUGCACAUUCCCUUUUCUGUAGAUGAAAUUGUCCGUAUGCCUGUUGACUCUUUCAACAGCAUGUUAAGCAGAUACUACCUGACAGACUUACAAGUGUCUCUCAUCCGUGAUAUCAGGCGAAGAGGAAAAAAUAAAGUUGCUGCUCAGAACUGCCGUAAACGUAAACUAGACAUCAUUUUGAAUCUAGAGGAUGAUAUAUGUAACUUGCAAGCAAAGAAAGAAGCCCUUAAAAAUGAGCAAACUCAAUGUAGCAAAGCUAUUGACAUAAUGAGGCAGAAGCUACAUGGCCUUCACCAGGAUGUUUUUAAUAGAUUAAGAGAUGACCAAGGUAGGCCAGUCAAUCCAAGCCAAUAUGCACUUCAGUACAGCCAUGAUGGAACUGUUUUGAUUGUACCCAAAGAACUCAUCUCAUCAGGCCACAAAAAGGAAGCCCCAAAGGGAAAGAGAGAGAGAAGAAACUGAAUAGCUCCAGUGACCAGCAUCACAAACUGUCCAACUAUUUUAAGAUUUUAAAAGUACUGGUACUUGAAUCAUUCAGUUAAUUCUGAUGUUUAGGAAUCAAGAUUAUGCUUCUGUGAAGUUGGGAGAAUCCACAUGUUCCUGCACAAUUCAUAAAUAUCUAUGUGAAGUAAUCUCCAAGAACUACAGCCACCUUAUAAUACAGUGGUCACCUGAAAAAAAUGCUUUAAGACCUUAUGGCUUAAAAUUGAAACAGCCUUAGUGUUUUCUGAAGGUUAUUUUUAAAUAUUUAACUUGUGUGUAAAAAUAAAAUUUUGUAUUUAAACUAUUA